AUGAUAAUUAAUGAAAGAUCACCAGCCAUGCCGGACCGUUCCGUUGCCAAAGCCGGUGCUGGGAGUGCAACUACAAGGACGACCCAAACGACGACGACCAUCGUGGAAACGUGGGCCAAGCUGCUCGAACAUCAAUCGUCGGUGCAGUCCGCUCCGGCGGAGCUGAUAGCUGGUGAAGCGGAAAGUGCGAGAGCGCCAAGGCGUAAUGAGGCGUUGGAAAAUACCGUGACCGCAAUGGGGUCAACGGUUUCCGCUACAACACCUAACUAUCAGCUUCGUUUCAAUGUGAAGCUUCCGGCGGCGAGUACGUGA